AUUUUCUUUUGAAUUUGAAGGAAUACAAGAUUUGAGAAGUACAAAUACAAAACGAAAAGAACUAGAGAAAUAAAUACCAAAACGUCAUGACAAUGAAGAUUCGCCUUAGAAGCCCAACUCAGACGCAGCUUCCUCACUUGUGGAGGAGUCGUUUUAUCGCGACUAUCAACUGUAAAAAUGUCUGGGUCUGGAAGAAUUCAUGUUUGUCAUGCUUGUCUGGCAUGACUCUUAAAUCUGUCAUGCACGUUACCCAAGAGCUCCGUUUUUCUGUGAUGCAGAAGCGCAGUUUGUCAUGCAGAAUAGGCAACACUUAGGAGCUCAGAAACUUGUCAUGCUGAGCCAGCAUUUGUAGCCUCAUCAUGAGACGCCACCCAGCAUCACAGGUUUCCAGACCCAGACAUUUUUACAUUUGAUAGCGACAGCAGCAGACCACGGAGUAGGACUGCAGCAGCCGGAUUGAACGGAUUGAUGGUGUGGCAAUGAUCAAUUCGUUUUCCUUAGGCAGCUUUAUUAUUUUGCCGGCAUUCGUUUCUUUGAACGUACGCGGUUAAUUCCGACCCUUUCACGUGACCAGAGCCGAUCGCUUUCACGUUCGGAUUAUCAACUGCAAAAAUGUCUGGGUCUGGAAGAGUCGGGGCUUGUCAUGCACAUUUUGCAUGACCCGUGAGGCCUGUGAUGCUGGUGCUAGCAUCACAGAUUUUUUGAGAGCUUCUUGAUGCUGAUUACGCAUGAGAAAUGCCCUCUUCGUGUGCCACGAUCUGACUCCCCUUGCUCCCCAUGCAACACAGAUAUUUUUAAAAUCCGCAGACAGCAUUACAAGUUGCAAUCUUCCAGACCCAGACAUUUUUACAGUUCAUACGGAUUCCUCGCGCCGUUAUCGGUCAGAAACUUCACCUCCUUCUCCGGCUUGCACUCGGAAUAUGAAAGCCUCAGGUUGGAAAUCCUCAAAGUGGAAAACAUUUGUAAUGCAAAAAAACGACUCCAGUUGGAGCACCAUUUAUAGUCGGCGCAUGACAAAUUUCCCGGGCACUCAAAACGUGUCUGUCAUGCUAGUUAGGCAAAGGCGUGCCCUCGUCUCAUGCUAAUCAGGAGCUCAAUUCUGAACCCGUACAUGCACAAUAGUCGGCCUCCAUUGCAUUCUCUGCAAUGCAGUCUUUUUGGUGUCGCAUUUCAUGCAUCACAAAUUAUUUCCGCUUUGAGGAUUUCCAUUCUGAGGGUGUCAUACGGAAUCCAGGAAGAGCUCCAGGGAGUACACCUGCCAGCAGUCGACCGAGUCAUCGGCUUUGAGGCGCCACUGGGUGCCGGUGAAGCCGGGUCUGGCGUGGCCCGUGCCGCCACCAAGGUCGUAAAACCAGGAACCGGAGUAGUCGGUCAGAGAAGCUGCACCAACUUCAACCGCAGGGUCGAACCUGAUAGAUUAGUAAUGAGUUUUUUGCAUGAAGAAUUUCAUGGAUGAUGUGAAACUCGCAACACAAACAGAAGUAGCGGAUGGCGUUGCAAGCUGAAACAAGACAACAACUUCGUCCUAAAUCCUAUGUAUACCACCGAAUGCCGUUCCAGGUUUCCAGCCAGCCGAUCACGGAGUAGAACUGCAGCAGCCGGAUUGAACGGAUUGAGCCGAUCACGGAGUAGAACUGCAGCAGCCGGAUUGAACGGAUUGAGGCACUUAGUCGCUCGAAACUUUUCUUCAGAACAGCGGAAGACGUGCGACGACUUUCUGAGUUGGCACCCGUAGGUUUACAACACACGCGAACAGCUGCAAUCUCGCACUGUCCACCUCGCCAGUUCGACUUUCAGCACUUGAAGCUGCGCAGCGACAAUGGUUCGAGUGUGCGAACAAGAAGAACAGGAAGAAGUAGGCCGCACAUCGCUGGCGGUAUCUUCGGCGCGAGGUUUAUUUUGUGGUAGACUGACAGGCAGAACUACAACUACUUCACCGUCUGGCAGUAAUUCAGCAUCCUCCUCGACAAAAAUAACUGCCACUCAGGUUUUGGCCGGGCCAAAAGACGAGGAUCUUGAAGAUGUUGCACCUGGUACUAGUUCUAAUAAUCACGAUGAUCCUGCUACUGCUACCGGAAGUGGAUGUACUACAUCAACGCGGCGUAUCAACUGUAAAAAUGUCUGGGUCUGGAAGAAUGCAAGUUUGUCAAGAGCCCCACUUUUCUGUCAUGCAAAAACGCAGCUUGUCUUCGUCAUGCGGAAUAGGCAUCAUAUAGAAGCUCAGAAACUUGUCAUGCUGAGCCAGCACUUGCGGCCUCCUCAUGAUACGCCACCCAGCAUCACAAGUUUCCAGACCCAGACAUUUUUACAAUCCAUACGGCGACAACAACGACGAGUUUCCAUGGCCUGGUUGUAUCCACAACUCGGCCUGCUUUUGCUCCGCUCCUACCUCGACUACAACCAGGCAGGCAGUAGCAGGUGUUGCGCGGAGGUUGUAGCUUCCUAUGUCGGAGGGCGGAGUUCAAGCGUCGAAGAGGAAAAGGAAAACAAUAGGGAAUCAACAAGAAAAACAGCAUCAAAAUCUUCUUCGCUGCGAGCAACCUCUUCAAGUGGAAAAUCGUCUUUUUCCGAAAGAAUUACCAAGAAGAAUACCAAGAACUACCCCGUCCAACAAGAACUACUAGUAGAGUUGACUCCGGAAGCGGAAAUAGUGAGCUCUGGGACACUAUCAAAUGUAAAAAUGUCUGGGUCUGGAAGAAUGCAACUUGUGAUGCUGCAUUUGGAUUCCAAAAAAAUCUGUAUUGCAUGAGUACCAUAAGGGAAUGUAAUUCUUGCUACGCGGAGAGGGCAUUUGUCAUUCGGAAUAGGCAUCAAGAAGCUCUCAAAAAAACUGUGAUGCUAGGGCAUGCAUCACAGACAUCAGGGCUCAUGCAAAACGUGCAUGACAAGUGUCAGAAUCUUCCAGACCCAGACAUUUUUACAUUUGAUAGACACAGACACAGACACGACCGGAAGACCACGCGGCGACGAGAACUUCUGAUGGUGAGAUUUUCUUUUACACGAAAGAGGAUGAUCCGACCGGUAUGGGUUGUAAAAAUGUCUGGGUCUGGAAACUUGUAAUGCUGUGUUGGGAAUAGUGAAUGCUCACUCUGUAAUGCGCAGCCAAGCAUGAGAAAUAUUCGCAGUUCUUUGUGUUGCGUUUUUCGCAUGAGAAACUGCGUUUUUGCAUGACAGGACAAAAGGGUCUCUUCUUGGACACGCAUCACAAACUUUUUUGUCAUGCCAGAGAAGCAUGACAAACCUCGCAAUCUUCCAGACCCAGACAUUUUUGCAUUUGAUAAACAGGCGCGACAAGCAACUGAUGGUGGUGCAGCCCUCUUCAAAGGACGAACAGCAGGAUAUUACAAUGAAAAAUGCCCCCUCCCCAUAUCAAAACGGAAAUCUGUGAUGCAGAUUUGGGGUCACAAAUCAGCUUUGUGAUGCUAGAAGGCAAAAGAUGCGGACUGUAGUGCUGUCUAGCGUGGGAAAGCCUUGCAGCUCCAGGAUGACAGGAGGCAACUGAAAGUGGGAAACAGCAUGACAGAUUACCUGCAAUUUAGGCCGCAGCUUCGUCUCUUGGCCUUCUAGCAAUACAAGUCGAUUUGUGUACUCAAAUACAGAGUGGAGCGGCGCCGAACGAGAUGAAGGAGGAGCAGCAGGAUCUGGAACCGGGGCGACGGAAAAGAGAAGAGGAGAAAAUAAGAAGAAGAAACCCUAAAGGCCUGCGAAGGAGAAAAGCAAAGCCAUCGCAGAGAGACGCAGGGCAGGAUCAGACUCAAUAGGCUACUUUCUGAGGUCCGCAAGAAAGUGCUCUCUGAUAAGGAUUCUGCGCCGAUUAUGAGUGGGUAAGUUUUGCAAGGGCUGGACGGGAAAGUAAGUGAGGUCAGAGUGCGCUGGGAUGGCCUAAGUUGUCGAUGCUUUACACAUACUCAUCUUCCCGCUUGACGUUCUAUAUGCUCCAUGGAUUUUCACAAAGUGCCUAUUUUUGCAUGGGUCUCCACAAAAGUGGAUGUGCUGGAAGAGCGAGCGCCUCUUCAUAGACCCUAGCGCCGGCCUUUCGAGGUCCAGUAGAUUUCUCAGAGGAACAUGCAGUGCACUGACUUUCCAACGAUGAAGUUAUCCCAUCACACCCCCGGGAGUCAUUAGAUAGCUUGCGCCUUUGUUUUUUUUUUAAGACUAGGAAAAGACAUGCAACUGGGGAAAGCACGCUAUUGCGCAUCUCGCACCCGUCAAGCCCAGAAGAACGAGCCAAGGACGCUCCCACCAAUGCAGCAACGGCCGUCCCUGGGUGGUUGAGUGUCGUCCAGACCGACGGCGGUAGAUUCUACUGGGGGCGGAGGCUAGAUUUUCAAUAGUGGAGGAAAGAUGUCGAAUUAUGUAUGGAGUGCUCUAUUAUCCUUUACCCAAAUGCGAACCAAAUAGGAGUAAGUCUCCUCCGUCAGCAUGCGCAUAGCAUUUGGGUGCCCUACUGAGUGGAAGGCUCUGCUACUAAAAUGCUAGUUUUUGUCAUGAACCCACAGUCAUGUGUCCCAGUCCCAGUUUAUAUGAGGGGGCACUUUGACUCUAGCAGUAGCAUUUCCAAGCGGCUGGAUUUCUACAAGCACUGCCUUCGCUCACGUAGUGCUUGCGACAUCUUUUAGGGGGGUGCCUACCCUUUUGCAUGUUCGAUUUUGAUUCGUUAUUUCUUUUUUUUGAUGAUGAUGAUGAUAGAUUCUUCUGGUUAGCCCGUCUAAAAAGGGCAAUGAUCCGCUCCCGCAGGCAAAAAAAAAAAAAAAAAAAAAAAAAAAAAAAAAAAAAAAAAAAAAAAAAAAAAAAAAAAAAAAAAAAAAAAAAAAAAAAAAAAAAAAAAAAAAAAAUACAGCAUCACAAAUUCGCGCAUCUCCCGUUUCCGAUAUGGGGUGGGGGCUUUUUUCACUUUGAUACAGGAUAGUUUUCUGGAACUACAACAGAAGGUUAAAACUACCACAGGAGCAGUUUUAUUGGCCUCCCCCUCGGGAUUUUUCAAACACGACGACCAAGAUGACGAAGAAGAUCUCUGGGACGAGGAGGCAGCAGCAUCCGCCGCAGGGUCACAACCAGGAAGCCGUGGGGCGCCGGAAGGAAAAACAGCAAGAAGUGCAGUGUCGAGGAACCAUUUGGAUCCGUUGGAGGCUUUGCAGCUUCACGUCGGAAGUUAUGCGGAAUUUGCGGAUGAACAUGAAGAAGUGCCGUUAAUGCAGCAGAAAAAUGAUGACCCUGAACGCGGAGAAGAGCACUCAUCUCGCUUGCCGGCUGCUUUUUCAGACCAUUUUUCAGCCCUGCAACGGUUCGAGCGGAGCACGGACAACUUAGGGGGGAACGACAAGAAGAAAAGCAAGAAGAAAGACGGUUCCGGCCACAAGAGGAAAAGGACAGAAAAACCGCCUGGGGAUGAAGAUCGAGACCGGAAAAGAAAAAGAUCAAGCGAAAAUAAAAAACCGAACAAGAGUCGGGAACAACGGGAGGGGGAACGACAAAAGCGUCGUGACGGUAAGAGGGCAGAGAGCCACCUCGGGCCAAACAAACCGCGCCCCUCCUCGCCGACGCCGGCGAGCAGGAUUCCGCCGCGCGGUGGACCACGCCCUUUGCACGGACCCGGAGGCCACCUGGGGGGUGGUGUUGCUGCACAUUAUCAAAUGCAAAAAUCUCUGGGUCUGGAAGGAUGUGAAGUUGUGAUGCGCAUUUCACAACACACAGAAAUCUCUCAUGCGUAGGCAGCAAAAGAUGCCCACUUCAUCUUGUCACCAAAGUGGGGGAUUUGUCAUGCGGAUUAGGCAUUGCAGAACCUUCUCGAAAUGUGUGAUGCUAGGGCUGCCAUGCCAGACCUUCCGUGUCAUGCAAAAACAGCAUGGCAUCUUCCAGACCCAGACACAUUUGCAAUGCAUACACAUGGCAACAUGGCCAUGUAUGGCGGAAGUAGAGGGAACCACGGAGGGCGUCACGCCGGGCACGUGCAGGGGGGACUGUCUCCUGGCCGGCACUAUGCCCGACACGGAGAAUAUCGCAAAAAAAAACGUUUCACUGUAAAGCGCAGAAGAGGAAAUAACCUCUGUGUUUAUAUAUGUGUUUGUUUUGCUACUACACGUGCAAGAAAAUGGAUUUCUAGCCGUGGUUACCUACCGCCCUCCUCGCAUGGGAACAAAUUUUCUCUGUCAUGUAGAGCAAGGUUGUGAGCCAAAAGUUGCAUUAAACCCCUACAGUGAGGCACUUUUUUCGUACGAUAGGGCGGGGCCGCUUGGUCACUUCCACGGUGCUCCAGCACACGGAGGACCUUACAACCCGCACGACCACCAUCGUCAUCAUCCCCACCAUCCUCCUCCCCCUGCUCACACUCGUGUUCACAACGGGAGGGACUCGCUGGAAAACUACUUCAGGGCAAACCCCGACCUCCUCAAACAAAUCCACGCCCACCAGCAGCGCGCUGCCACCGCUGGUCGGAGUGGUAAAAAAGCCCCACCAAUAAAGAGGAGGUGGCGCGAGAAGAAGCACCAUCACAACGAGAAGCACCGUUCCAAAGCGGGCAAGAGCAUAUUCUUAUUCACUGCAAAUAUGUCUGGGUUUGGAAGAUUACAACCAGGUUUGUCAUGCAUAUUUUGCAUGACCCAUGCUGCCUGUAAUGCGUGACCUUAGCAUCAAAGAUCUGUAGAUGGCUUCCUGAUGCUUAUUUCGCAUGAGAAACGCCCUCCCCGCGUACUGCACAAACUGGACACCUCUUGCUGGUCAUGGAAUACAGAUUUUUUUACAAUGCAACGACAGCAUCACAAGUUGCAACCUUCCAGAGAUCCAGAGGUAUUUGCAAUGCAGAGAACACUUGGGGCAAGGACAACGAGGACGACUGGGACGAAGAUGACGACGAGUUAUCGAAUGCAAAAAUGUCUGGGUCUAGAAGAUGGCGAGAUUUGUCAUGCUUGUCUCGCAUGACCAAAAAGUUUGUGAUGCGUGUCCAAGAAGCGACCCUUUUGCCUGUCAUGCAAAAACGUAGUUUGUCAUGCGAAAAAGAAGAAGAAGCGCAGAUAUUCUUCAUAUUUCUCAUGCUUGACUGUGCGUUACAGAGCAUUCACUACACCCAGCGCAGCAUUACAAGUUUCCAGACCUAGACAUAUUUGCUGUUGAUGCGAGUGGGAGGAGUGCCAUCCGAAGGACCGGGACUGGAACAAAUGCAUCGAGUGUAUCGCGAGGAAAAAUCCCCUUUCCCCAUAUUGAAAAAGUACCGCCAGGAAAUAAAUUUGUGUUCUUGCUGAAGAUUUGUGUACGCAUAUUAUGCCUUUGUCUUGCAUACUUGGGAAGCAAGAGCGAAAGGCAGUACGGGGAAGGCAAUCUGUGAUGCGUUUUAGCCUACAGCAGCAAUGUCUAUCAUGCUAGACAGGUAGACUUCUAGAAACCUAAACGGGCCUAGGAUGCACCUCCGCUUCUUUUUUGCAAGACAGAGCUGAUUGGUGACCACAAAUCUGCAUCACAGAUGUCUGCUUUGAUCUGGGGAGGGGGGAUUUUUCUUCUCGAUAGAGUGGGAACCCUCGUCGGACGAGGACGGCGAGUGGGACGAGAUGUACUCAUCCGCCGAAUUAUAUCCUAGGUAAAAACGUUCCCACCCCAUUGUUGUAAUGCAAAUCUGCAUGCUGAAAAUGUUUCUGACGCGGAGCCCCAUGAGAAGCAUUUUCUAGUCGUGCUGCGGAAUUUGUAAUGCUCCAAUCACCAUGAUGUGCUAGAAUUGUGAUGCUGCCGAACUUGCCAAACAGGAUUACUUACACUACGAGGCCAAACUUGUCAUGCGCAACAGCCAAAGCUUGCUGGCUUGUCUUGCAGAUUUCCCAAGUUGACUAUGGGGUGGGGACGUUUUUGAACAGGAUAAGGCAUCGGAGGACAGUGAGGAGAAGUAUUACAACACAAUGCAUCCAUAUCGCAAGAAAAAACUGUUUCACUGUGAACUUGUGAUGCAGAAAAUGGAUCGCAGAAGUGUGCGUCAUGCUACACAUGCAAGACAAUGGAUUUCUAGCUGUGUUCUCCCUUAGGAAUCCCGCAUAACAGAUUUUCAGUGUCAUGCGUAACUUAUGAUGCAGAUUUUGCAAAAUCACCACAGUGAAACAGUUUUUUCGUGGGAUAAUCCAUCUUCGGCCGAUGACCACGACGAGGAGCAUGAUGAAGAGCAUGAAGAGCAUGCGGGGCACCCGAAGAAGCAGCAUCAUGUGCAUGGGAAGGAGAAUCACGAAGCACAUGGGAAGCAUGGGCAUGGGACGGACAAGCAUGGAAAAAAUCACGGGCACGGGGAUAUGACUUGCUCAGAUGUUACAAUCUCAAUAGUUACAAUAGAGUCCUCUGGAUUUUGUCAUGCAAAACGUGCAACAUCUGGCCUACUCCCAGCACAGGAGUGCGCAUGACAAGAAAUUCCGGAGCCCCAAACCGCACUGAAAUGUAGCGAAAUUUGUAUUUCGAAAAACGCAGGUUUCUCUCUGGUAAGUACUCAUGCUGUUUAUGCAAUACAAAUCUCAGACUCUAUUGUAACGUGUGAGAUUGUAACAUCUGAGCGGGGUAUUGGGGAGGGGGAGCAUGGGGAGGAGGACCACGGUGACCUUGAUCAUGAGGAACAUGGGGAGCAUGAUGCGGCGGAGCACGAAGAGGAUCAUAAUCAUAAUCAUGCGGAGCAUCACGAGGCGGAGCUGCACGAGGAAGAGCAUGAUCAUGGGCACGACAAGAACCACAACGGCGAGCUAUCCUGAGUAAAAACGUACCCACACCAGAGUCAGGAUGAGGAUUUUGCAACACAAACCUAGGAGUUUUGUGAGUCACGCAUGACAAGUUGCGCUAUGCAGUGUAGUGCAGGUUAGCAAGUGCAGCCGCGUCACAGAUUCAUCUGCUCAUCCUGUUCACAGCGUCACAAAUUCCAAAACACGACUGGAAAUGGCUCUCAUGGGGAUGCGCAUUGCAAGUCUUCCUGUCUUUGCAAAUCUGCAUUACAACUCUGGUGUGGGUACGUUUUUACUCAGGAUACGAGCACAAGCAUCACAGCAACAAGGAGCAUGCGGAGAAGCACGGCAACAAGAAGAAGGGGCAUCACGAUGAGGAUGAUGAGUAAAAAGCUUUUAUCCUGAGGAAAAACGUACCCACACCAGAGUUGUAAUGCAGAUUUGCAAAGACAGGAAGACUUGCAAUGCGCAUCCCCAUGAGAGCCAUUUCCAGUCGUGUUUUGGAAUUUGUGAUGCUGUGAACAGGAUGAGCAGAUGAAUCUGUGAUGCGGCUGCGCUUGCUAACCUGCACUACACUGCAUUGUGCAACUUGUCAUGCGUGACGCACAAAACUCCUAGGUUUGUGUUGCAAAAUCCUCAUCCUGACUCUGGUGUGGGUACGUUUUUACUCAGGAUAGCUUUUGCAGCUUGUUUUAUUGAUCUCACUUACAACACCGAGGGAGAAGAAUGACACCUACACAACAUCAGCUCGUGCAGCCACCUCCAGUGGCUUUCAUCGUUUAUCGUUCUGUCGAGUAGAAGAAAAUAAUUGCAAAAAAACAAAAAAACAGCCUCUUUCGAUCAUAAUUUUCUUGUUUGUUCACCUUGUUCACACGCGUUUUGACACCGAUACCGAAUUUUUACGUUUCUGUUGCAAGAAGAUGAAGAAAUUUACAUUUUCACAACUAACUUGUUGCUGUACUACAGGCUUGAUCUUUUUACCACAGUUUUAAUGUUUCACUUUUAGCAUUUACCAAUUUUUGGACUUUUCACUUUAAUGUCGUUGAUGUCGCCCACGUGUUCUAACGCAGGUGUAGUAUACUUCUAAAAUAUGUAGUGUGUCAGUACCGUGUUUCUACUUCACGAAAAAUAGGAAAAAACAGAGAGGAUUGAAGCUGGUACAGCCGUCGAGGCGGGAAGAGCUCGCGAACUUUGUUACUCCAGUCCGUCUAGAGCGACACAAGUUCCAUACUUUCGCAGCAACUACGGGAUCGAAAUAUACGAAACUGCACCGAGAAAAUUAAUCACUGAUCGCGCGUUGAUAUUUUUUGUUUCGUUUACCACUCAGAGGUACUCACAGACCUGUACAGUAAAAAGAUAGGAACUUCAGUAUAGUUCUACGUCAGGCGGAAAGAAGAUGAAAGUCGAGAAUUGAGAUAUAUUUGCACAUAUGGUUUGGAAAAUGU